AUGUGUUCCUUUCAGGGGCAUGUGUUCCUUUCAGGGGCAUGUGUUCCUUUCAGGGGCAUGUGUUCCUUUCAGGGGCAUGUGUUCCUUUCAGGGGCAUGUGUUCCUUUCAGGGGCAUGUGUUCCUUUCAGGGGCAUGUGUUCCUUUCAGGGGCAUGUGUUCCUUUCAGGGGCAUGUGUUCCUUUCAGGGGCAUGUGUUCCUUUCAGGGGCAUGUGUUCCUUUCAGGGGCAUGUGUUCCUUUCAGGGGCAUGUGUUCCUUUCAGGGGCAUGUGUUCCUUUCAGGGGCAUGUGUUCCUUUCAGGGGCAUGUGUUCCUUUCAGGGGCAUGUGUUCCUUUCAGGGGCAUGUGUUCCUUUCAGGGGCAUGUGUUCCUUUCAGGGGCAUGUGUUCCUUUCAGGGGCAUGUGUUCCUUUCAGGGGCAUGUGUUCCUUUCAGGGGCAUGUGUUCCUUUCAGGGGCAUGUGUUCCUUUCAGGGGCAUGUGUUCCUUUCAGGGGCAUGUGUUCCUUUCAGGGGCAUGUGUUCCUUUCAGGGGCAUGUGUUCCUUUCAGGGGCAUGUGUUCCUUUCAGGGGCAUGUGUUCCUUUCAGGGGCAUGUGUUCCUUUCAGGGGCAUGUGUUCCUUUCAGGGGCAUGUGUUCCUUUCAGGGGCAUGUGUUCCUUUCAGGGGCAUGUGUUCCUUUCAGGGGCAUGUGUUCCUUUCAGGGGCAUGUGUUCCUUUCAGGGGCAUGUGUUCCUUUCAGGGGCAUGUGUUCCUUUCAGGGGCAUGUGUUCCUUUCAGGGGCAUGUGUUCCUUUCAGGGGCAUGUGUUCCUUUCAGGGGCAUGUGUUCCUUUCAGGGGCAUGUGUUCCUUUCAGGGGCAUGUGUUCCUUUCAGGGGCAUGUGUUCCUUUCAGGGGCAUGUGUUCCUUUCAGGGGCAUGUGUUCCUUUCAGGGGCAUGUGUUCCUUUCAGGGGCAUGUGUUCCUUUCAGGGGCAUGUGUUCCUUUCAGGGGCAUGUGUUCCUUUCAGGGGCAUGUGUUCCUUUCAGGGGCAUGUGUUCCUUUCAGGGGCAUGUGUUCCUUUCAGGGGCAUGUGUUCCUUUCAGGGGCAUGUGUUCCUUUCAGGGGCAUGUGUUCCUUUCAGGGGCAUGUGUUCCUUUCAGGGGCAUGUGUUCCUUUCAGGGGCAUGUGUUCCCCCAUGGAGACUCCCCUCUGCACCCCCACAGGUUCCGCGUGCCCAACGCCACGUUUGAGAGGCUGUUCCGUGAAUUCAACACCACAUUUGAGGAGCUGCAUCGCACGCAGUGCAUGUGGAAGAUUGCAGACGACGAGCCGCGAACGGCCCUGCAGGAAAAGAUUUCCAACGACCUGUUGCCUGCCUACCGCUCCUUUCUGAAGCACUACACGUGA